AUGGCGCCCUGCGGCGUGCGUGCUUUGCGCGGACUCGGGCCUUGGCUCAAGAUGGCGCUGUUGGCGGAUAAACAGAAGCAGGAACAUGGGUGGAUAAAGAUUGGGUAUUACAGUUUGGGUGACACGUUCGGCGUAGGUACCUUCGGCAAAGUCAAGGUUGGCAAACAUGAGUUAACUGGGCAUAAAGUUGCAGUGAAGAUCCUGAAUUGACAGAAGAUUCGCAGCCUUGAUGUUGUAGGAAAAAUCUGCAGGGAGAUUCAGAACCUCAAACUCUUCAGACAUCCUCAUAUAAUUAAGCUGUACCAGGUCAUCAGUAUACCAACUGACAUUUUCAUGGUGAUGGAAUAUGUUUCAGGAGGAGAACUGUUUGAUUAUAUCUGUAAAAAUGGAAGGCUUGAUGAGAAAGAAAGUAGAUGUCUGUUCCAGCAAAUCCUUUCUGGUGUGGAUUACUGUCACAGGCAUAUGGUAGUACAUAGAGAUCUGAAGCCUGAAAAUGUGCUGCUUGAUGCACACAUGAAUGCCAAGAUAGCUGACUUUGGUCUUUCAAAUAUGAUGUCAGAUGGAGAGUUUUUAAGAACAAGCUGUGGUUCUCCUAACUAUGCUGCACCAGAAAUAAUUUCAGGAAGAUUAUAUGCAGGUCCAGAAGCAGAUAUUUGGAGCAGUGGAGUUAUUCUCUAUGCUUUGUUAUGUGGAACACUUCCAUUUGAUGAUGAUCAUGUGCCAACCCUUUUUAAGAAGAUAUGUGAUGGCAUCUUUUAUACCCCUCGGUACCUGAAUCCAUCUGUAAUUAGUCUUCUGAAACACAUGCUGCAAGUAGAUCCAAUGAAGAGAGCAACAAUCAGAAACAUUAGGGAACAUGAAUGGUUUAAGCAGGACCUUCCCAAACAUUUGUUUCCUGAAGACCCAUCAUAUAGUUCUACCAUGAUUGAUGAUGAAGCCUUAAAAGAAGUGUGUGAGAAAUUUGAAUGCACUGAAGAGGAAGUGCUAAGUUGUCUAUACAGCCAAAAUCAUCAGGACCCUUUAGUGGUUGCUUAUCACCUCAUUAUAGAUAAUAGAAGAAUAAUGAAUGAGGCCAAAGACUUGGCUGCAAGCCCACCUGAUUCUUUUAAUGAUGAUUACAAUCUGUCUCACCCUCAUCCUGAAAGAGUGCCAUUUUUAGUAGCUGAAGCACUGUCCUCUCAUACUCUUGAUGAGCUGAAUCCACAGAAGUUAAAACACCAAGGUGUAAGAAGAGCUAAGUGGCACUUGGGAAUACGGAGGCAGAGUCGACCUCAUGAUAUCAUGGCUGAAGUUUGUCAAUCAAUUAAACAACUGGAUUAUGAAUGGAAGGUUGUAAAUCCAUACUAUCUGCGUGUUCGAAGGAAGAAUCCAGCGACCAGUGCAUAUUCCAAAAUGAGUCUACAGUUAUAUCAGGUGGACAGCAGGACAUACUUACUGGACUUCCGUAGCAUUGAUGGUAUGUGA